AUGAUGGCCUUUAUCGCGCCUCCACCUCAAUCCGAGGAACUCUCCUCCGUUAUGGGAUACAUGUCCAUUGCAUGUUGGAUCGUUGUGUACAGUCCCCAGAUCUACGAAAACUAUGUUCUCAAAUCCGGUGAAGGCCUUUCGGUCCCCUUUAUUAUCCUCUGGCUCCUCGGCGACAUGACCAACCUUGUCGGCGCCAUCUACGCGGGCCUUCUGCCCACAAUGAUCAUCCUAGCAGUCUACUACAACCUGUGCGACGUUGUCCUCAUCUACCAAGUGUACUACUACCGCUGGCUGCGGCGCAAGCGCCGCGAGGCGGACGGCGAGCGGCAGCCACUCGUCGAACUCGACGAGCCCAAGGUCGUCAAGCCCAUCCUCCCAGCAUACCUCUUAUGGCCGCUUCUCGUCGGUUUUGUCUUGGCGGUUGGGUGGAUCGCGCACAUCCUGCACGAGAAUGACGACGUCAAGAUCCCCGACGGCACAACUGGCGGCGGCGUAGAGCUCGAGUGGAAGUCGCAGGUGCUCGGAUACACUAGCUGCGUGCUUUACAUGUUGUCACGCGUGCCGCAGGUGUUCCACAAUUUCCGGACGCGCUGCGAGGGCCUCAGUCUCGCCAUGUUCUUCUUCUCCAUCUCGGGCAACGUCACGUACAUUGCAUCCAUCCUCAUGAAGAGUACCGACUACAAGUACCUCGUCACGAACGCGUCGUGGAUUGCCGGCUCGGCGUUCACCAUCUUCCUCGAUCUCUUCAUCAUCGGCCAGUUUGCCUACUACACCUGGCAGGACAGCCAGAAGGCACCCGUGUUUGCCAACGACGAGGACGACGAGUAG